UAUAUAUAUAUAUAUAACCUGUGGCCUUAGCCAGCAUUGUUCUCAAACCAUAUCACUCUCUACGACACUCUUCCUCUUCAGCUUCCUUCUGCAGACCAAAACCUCUCCGGCCGGCCAUGGAUGGGUUAGUUUUCCUGGUCGGCUUCAUAGGGAACAUCAUCUCAUUCCUCGUGUUUCUUUCUCCAGUGAAGACGUUCGUGAGGAUAGCGAAAAGUGGGUCAACGGAGGAGUUCGACAGCCUUCCUUACAUUUGUACACUGCUGAGUUCAUCUCUGUGGACAUACUACGGAAUCAUAAAGCCUGGGAGUUAUCUUGUGGCCACUAUCAAUGGCUUUGGAGUGGUGGUUGAGAUCAUAUAUGUGGCCUUGUUUCUUCUCUUUGCCCCUCCUUGGAACAAGCGUAGAACAGCAAUACUGUUGGGAGUCGUAGAUAUUGGAUUUUUCGCGGCAGCUUUGUCAGUCACAUAUUUACUGUUGCAUGGGGACAUGAGGAUUAAUGCUAUUGGUUUCAUGUGCUCAGGACUCAACAUUAUCAUGUACGCUUCACCUCUUGCUGCCAUGAAAACAGUGGUGACAACGAAGAGUGUGGAGUAUAUGCCAUUUCUUCUCUUUUUUUUCUUCUUCUUGAAUGGAGGGGUUUGGACUUUCUACGCAGUGCUUGUCAAGGACUGGUUUCUCGGGGUACCAAAUGGGACUGGAUUUGUGCUGGGAACACUUCAACUGGUGCUCUAUGCAAUUUACACCAACUCUAGACCACAAAAGCAUUCACCAGUGCAGAGAUGGCAGAAAGAGCCCCUCCUUCCACCACCACCACCACCUCCUCCCCAAGAGUGUUGAGAAAUGGAAAUGGCAGCUCUACUCUUUUUCCAAAACCCUGUUUAAUUAGUUGAAAAAAUACAAGUCAUUCUAAUCAGUUUGUAUGUAUGCAUGAGUGCUUAUCUUUCACAUAAUUUCUUGCAUUGUACUAAAUAUGUGGGUGUGGAUUGGUAAGAGUUUGCACUAUGAAAUACUAGUGGUUUCCUUUUAUUUUAUU